AUGCUGAUAGACAUAGCAGUUAAUAUCACGGACAGCCAGCUGUCAAGAAACCAAGAAAUGCUUGACCAAGUGAUCGAAAGGGCAAUGAAAAGCAAUGUAAUGCCUAUAUUUAUAGGUCUGGAUUAUGAAACAAGCAGAAAGUGUGUCGAGCUUGCCUCCAGAUACAGAACAGUGGCGACUGUUGGCAUACAUCCUACAUCAUCUCAAGGAUGCUUUGAUGUGUCUGGAAUAGAGCACCUGAUGAACGAGGAUAUGGUUGUUGCAGUGGGAGAGUGUGGCUUAGAUUAUGAUCGCCUUGAAUUCGCAGAUGUUGCUUCGCAGAAGCGAGUGUUCCGCUCGCAGCUUGAUCUGAAUGGUGACUGUUACUUUUUUCACUCGAGAUCAAGCCACAGAGACUUCAUGGAGAUGAUUGGUGAUUAUUCGCCUCGGGGCGUUGUCCAUAGCUUUACGGGAACGCAUCAGGAGGCCGAAGAGUUAAUAAGCAAAGGAUUGUACAUAGGAAUUAAUGGAUGCUCUGUAAAGACUGAUGAGGGGAUUGAGGUGUUGAAAGGGUUGCCGAUGGAGUCGAUCCUCGUGGAGACAGACUCGCCAUACUGUAAAAUCAGGAAAAGCUAUGCAGGAUCAAAGUAUGUUACAGGCUGCUUUGAUGGCCAAAAGGCAUUGAGGAGGAGAAAUGAACCAUCCUGUGUAGUACAAGUGGCGGAGAUAAUAAGCAAAGUCAAGGGUGUGGAAUAUGAUGUGGUGGUGGGUGCAUUAAUGAAUAACACAGUCAGUCUUUAUGGAGACAGAGUGCAGCGCAUUGCUGAAUCAUGGGAGAAGUGUGAAUUUUGA